AGAAGAAGGGAAAAGAUGGCCACGGCUAAUGUUAGCUAGCUCAUCACUGUCGAAAAAUGUUUCGUUUUUGCUGUUUUGGGUCGUUGUAGUUUUAUACCGAGGCUCAACUUAACUUGACAACUUAAAGCCCUCCGCCGACAUCGUAAAGACUGUGGUGGGAAGCCGAGCCCCGCUGCGCGCUGUUCGUAGCGGUCUAGUGUCUGUGCAGCGGUGUCAGCUGCCCGUCACUUAAACGUCAGUGAGGAUUGGUUGGGGGGAAGCACAGCCAUGGCAGCUCCUGUAAACAUCCAGGCUCCCAGUAAGACCUGGGAGCUGAGUCUGUACGAGCUGCACAGGAGCCCUCAGGAGGCCAUCGUGGACGGGACGGAGGUAGCCGUGUCUCCUCGCUCUCUGCACAGCGAGCUCAUGUGUCCCAUCUGUCUGGACAUGCUGAAGAACACCAUGACCACCAAAGAGUGUCUGCACCGCUUCUGCUCAGACUGCAUCGUCACCGCGCUGCGAUCUGGGAACAAGGAGUGUCCGACCUGCAGGAAGAAGCUGGUUUCUAGACGUUCGCUGCGCAGAGACUCAAACUUCGACGCGCUGAUCUCCAAGAUCUACCCGAGUCGCGACGAGUAUGAAGCCCACCAACGCCGCGUCCUCGAGCGACUCAACCGGCUGCACAACAAGGAGGCGCUGAGCUCCAGCAUCGAGGAGGGGCUCCGGCAGCAGGCCCGCUACAGGUCCGAGAGGAAUCACCGGGUGAAGAAGCCCACUCAGGAGAGUGAUAACACCACCUACAGUGGUGGGGAGGACAAUGGGGACUCCCGUUCACACCUCUCCCACGACUCCGCCCCCUCACACACGCCACACCCCUGUGGUCAGACCCCUCCGGAGGCCGGGCCGAGCCGCAAGCGGCCACGUCCAUCUGAUGAUGGCUCGGGACCUGAGGUGGACAGCGGGAGCCCGACUCCCCCGCUGAGACGCCACAAAGAGGGGCUGUCCUCCGAGAUCGAGCUGGUGUUCAGACCACACCCACAGCUGGUCCACGCCCAGGACUACAACCAGACCAGAUAUGUGAAGACAACAGCUAACGCUACGGUGGACCAUCUGUCCAAGUACCUCGCACUGCGCAUCGCUCUGGAGGACCGACGGCCCGAGAAUGAACCCGAGGACCGAGGACGAGAGGAGGCAGGAGGAGAAGAGGCGCGAGCCGAGGGGGGGGGAGGUGAAAACGGAGGGACCGCAGGAAGCGGCGAGGGGACGAGUCUGAGCAACGUCAGCGAGAAGCAGUACACCAUCUACAUCAUGACGAGGGGAGGCCAGUUCUCUACCCUAAACGGCUCGCUGACUCUGGAGUUGGUGAACGAGAAGUACUGGAAGGUCAGGAAGCCUCUGGAGCUGUACUACGCCCCCACCAAAGAGCAGCAGCAGCCCCAGCAGCAGCAGCCUCCUACCCCACAGAGGGAGGCCUGAGGGGGAGCGGUGGACUGCUUUCCUCUCCAGCGUGGCUCUUUGAUUUCUUUUCUGUUUUUUAUGAUAAGUUAGUUCAGCUGCCACAGUUUCACAGAAAACCUGCGUCAUGUUUUUCUUAGUUUACUGUUAUUAACGGGGAUCUCUUCAUCUCCUCACUGAACUGGCUGUAACAUGUGAGCUGAUUUCUCAGCAGACAAACUGAUCUGAGACUCUACAGAGUGAAACUAAAGCAGCAGCUGCUGGAGUCCAGCUGUUUUUGAUGCUUUCAAGUCAGCCGUGUGUGCUGGACAAAGCCAGAUGUUCUCCAUGCUUCUAACACGCAGACGCAGAAGCGACGUGUCAGUGAGCAGCUGCAGCGGCUUCCUCAUAUCUACAUGUAUGAGGUGCCAAAAUAAAAGCACCAAUUCUAAAUGUGACUAUUAAAAAAAAAAAAAAGGCAUUUUAUUUUCUUUUUGCAGAAAUGACCAAAACAGAACUUUGGAAACUGUACAAAAGAUGAUAAACUAGUUUAAAACAGAGCUGUCUUUAUGGACGCCCAUUUUCAGCAGGAAAAAUAAGUCUUCAAUAUUUUUGGAGUCAAUUUUGUGAAAGUGUUUCCAGAUGGAAAUGUUCAGGGUUUAUCUGUCGAAAGCUUCUUUUUUCUUUUUUAAAUGUAAGACCAACUUUGGGAUCAAACUUGUGUUUUUCUUAGUGUCGCCUCCACCCCACUCACUCUGCUUUUGAGACCAGGUGAAAGUAUAAAGCUCAUCUUCUCAUGCAUUAUUCUAUUUUUUAGAUUUGUCGGUGGAAGCCGGUCGUGUCGAGCUGUGUUGUCGUGUGUCAGAAAAAGGUCGCUGGGCUGGAUAGCUUUAUUUUCACGAGGUCGCCAGAUGUGGUGAAGGGGGCGGGCUGUGAGCAGCGAUCGUUUCACGGCACUCUGACCCUCGGGACGUCACAGUGAACUGCUGCUCUAUCGUCAGCGGCGAUGGUGGAUUUACCAAAUGAAAUCAGACAAAUGAUAAUUAAACAUGUGAUCGACAGUGUUUUUUUUACUGCUUUCUAUAGAAGAGCUCAGAGGCUUUGAAAAGGCUUCAGUGGAAUAUUUCAUCUUUGAGUUCAUCUUCUUUUCUACAAACUGAUGAAUUAAAAAGUCACAGCGACUCGUCGGCCGAUUUCAUUUCUGAAAUCUUCGUUGCGUCUUCAGGCUUUGCCGCUGGGGGACAGCUCGGCACUUAAAACAAACUCCUCUGCAUUUAGCGUGCGCACUCAGUGGAACCUGUUGCUCGAGGUUAUCGUAGCGGUCAGGAUGAACUCUUUAUUCUUCUCCCUGCUCGUUACAGCAGCGGUGCUUUUGAAUGCAGAGAUAAGGCGGGGAGCAGUUUUCUGAAACAUUUCCUUAAUAAAAAGUUGUACACAGAUGUUUAAAAGCCCAUAUUUUGCUAGUCUUGAAUGUUUACGUCGUCUACAGAUGCAGCUGCGCAGUAACACGUUUCAAACACUGGCAUGAAAAGGCGUUUCUCUUAAAGUCACGAGCCCGCUUGGGUCCUGCUGCUUCAAGCCUUUGCUCCACUUCUUACGCACUUUAAACUUCCUGCAGCCAUAUCAUUUUCCCCACAUCUCAGUUUCUGUGGGAUAUCUAUAUUAGAAUGAAGCAAUAUUUCCUUUCUGAUGUGUGAUACUGUCUUUCCUCCUGUCAUCAAUGCAGCACAAUAAACUGUUGGACUCGAUCUCCAGCUCCUGUUUUUGUCUCCGACUUAAUCGUGUCUAAGUGUAACGAACCUGCCUGGGCUCAGAAAUAUUACUUAGACAAAACAAGGUCUUCACACCGGCGCAUCCAUCUGUGCAUCACUACAGGGUAUCGACUAAAGCUCAGCUGUUCUAAUGGGCUUCUCUAUCCUGGUUUCAUUCUGUACAAUGAAGGCUCGUGCUCUCAACCUGUCUCUAAGGCAAAGCAGGGAAAUAAGUGCAGAUGCAUUCUCAUGAAAGUGUACUCAGAGCACUCGUAUCCAUGUUACUGG